GUCAUUACUGUUUAAGGAAGAAGGAAUAUUGAGUAUUGACAUAAAACAAUGUAAAUGUUACAGUUUACAUCAAUAAAAUAAUUCAAUAAUUGUUAAAUAUAAACAAAAAAGAGAGUCAGCACACAUCAGGCGUUACCGGAUAAUUGUUUCUCGUGGUAAAAGCUAAAGCAUCAUGAUGGACUUUUGAAAUCCGGUGAUUAUGACGUAAGUAUAUAUGACGUAACAGAGCAUAUAUAGAUUCCUAUCUGGAGGGAAAAGGUCUCAUUUCUAAAGACGAUGGAUAGAGAAAACAUUUCACCGGAAGAUAUGGUUGUAGAAUUCUACACUCAAGUGAAUGCAUUCCAAGUGUUGGCGAAGAAAAUGGACACCUAUUUGUCUAGCAUAUCGGCCAUGAAGAAAGGGAUGUCUGGGAUGACCAACGCCCUCUUACUGUUCUGUGAUUCCGAUUGGCCAGGGAUGGACCACUUUAAAACCCUCUUAAAGGAUAUGGACGAGUCGUGGGAUCUGCUACAGAAGGACGUUAGUAAACUCGGAGAUGGAUUUCAGGACUUUGCCGACAAAUUCUACGUCAUCCUAGAUUUACGGGUGAAAAUUGAGGAGGGAACACAAGCACUGCGUCACCACCGACGUGAGGCGGAAAAAAUGAAGAAGAAUAAGCAAAAAUCUCAAGCCGAAAAAGACGAGUUCGCCAAGAAAUACACGAAGAAGGAGGCGGAACUAAAAGAAAUGAAGGAGAGGCUGGAGAGGGAUGUGAAUGAGCUGCGCAGAACGCAGAGAAACUUCAUUGUGAACCAAUUCCGGAAUUUUUUUGAGGUCCAUGGCACUUUUUGUCUCGAAUUUCAAGAGAUGGAGGGAAAACUGCUCAACUCACUGGUGGGAUUUCUUCCGAAGACUAAGUAAAUAUGUAUUGCUUCCGGAAAUUGUCAAUAAAGUUUAUGCAGCAGUAAAA